CCUGUUGCGAUUCCAAAUCCAAAUAUUCCACCAUCUACAUCACCAUUAUCUUCGCCCAGUGUGCCAGACGGUAAAGCGCGGCGAAAAAGCAUAAGCCAUAAAGAAACUGAUGUUGUUACCACUGAUCAAAUACGACCAGAUUGGGCAGCUCGCGUACUUCAACAACCACUACGUCAACCGCCUGGUGCGAGACGACCAACUCCCGCGACAUCUUCAAGUACACGGCGCAUUGUAGUUCGCCCACAAGGUGGAAAUAAUACUACCUUUGUGACUUCUUCAACUACUCCGCCUAGACGUAAUAAUAAUCCUCCCACUGCAGCAGCUGCCGAGUAUGGAGGGUAUCUGGCAGCCAUGAGAAUGGGUACUGAUCUGGAAGAGCUAAUGGUUAUGGAAGCAAUUCGAUUAAGUCUUUUAGAACAAGAAAGGGAACGGAGGGAAAGAGAAGAAAGGGAGCAGACUGGUAGCUCGCAAGAUGAAAAUUCUAAUAUCACUUCUUCUGAAA